AAAUAGUACAGCUUGUGAUGUGAUAUUCGAUUUGAUGUGUGCAUUGCUGGGGAGCAGCACUGAUGGAUGCUUUUCGUCUACUCGAAGAAGCGACCUAACGGAGAAUGCUUUCAAUCAGCAUAAAGAUGCCAUCCCAAGCGAUCUGGUCAUAUUAAGGAACUAUCAAAGGUGACGCGAAUUUGCUAUUACCUUGCAAUGGCACGACGGACAUGACGGGCACUUUUUGAUUAAUUGAUGAGAAUCUCAAUGCAAAUGUACCGGUCCGGCGAGCAACAAGAAUUAGAGCGCCAAAUAAAUAUAUACAAGAGCGUCAGGCGGAGACGACCCAUUAAUAUGCCACCAAUUGUGGGAUUUAAGAAGCUACCAGCUCUUUACAAUCAUACAAGCCUUGUUGGCCGUCGCGUGCAGGCUGGGAACUUAACCGAACGACCUCCUGAUGACAAGCCACAGACCUUGUUGAUUGACACCCCAAAGGAUAGUUUCGUAAUCGCUCGGCAGGCGCUUUGGUCAUAUCAGACGAAAAACCGCGGGACUAAGCACGUGCGGCCUCUGUCUGGUGACCUGCCCCCGAUUCCGUAUAGAUUCAAACCAGAAGAAUCAACUUCUAAGAGUAUGAAAGACUUCUUGACAACCUCACCGGAAGCGAAAGAUUCUGAAACCCGUAAACAACGCCCUUGUUGGAAUAUGUCGAAACGGCGAAAGGAUACAGUAUGUCUAGGUUCGGAUGGAAAUGGUGCAUUUUCUGAUUGCGGUGAAAGUAUUGGUACUCAGUAUGAUAAUGUGCACACAGUGGCUGUUCGGCGCGGAGAAUGUUCCGCCGGCAAUCGGAAAAAGGGCAUGGACAGAGUAGAAACACCAAAUACGGCAUUCGAAGCGGAGGACCAAUUCGAUGCAAAUCCAUACGAUGAGGACCUGAAGACAAAAACAAAACAGGACAUCUAUGAUACGUACAUUGUUGGUGUACCGCGAGAAGGGGUGUCCCCAAUAAUGUAUGAUGACGUCAUACAUGGUAGUUUCUUACUCGGACGUAACCAGAAUGUCAUAGACAAAAGUGCGUAUGGUGAUUUUGCGCGGACUACCCUCCCUCGGCGUGUGCCUAGUCUUGAUAUCAGUAAAAUGCAUGCUCCGCUAUCAACACCGCCAAAAAAUGGACGGUUCGCGAAAAAGAGUUCUUUCUUUACCAUCCCUCCUCUCACUGACUCAAAACUCAACAGCGUUGGCAAGCCUGCGAAACCAAAUUCCAAUUGCUACCCCGUAUUUUCGCAGCAUCCUCAUGACGCGCCUGUUGGGAAGUUAGGGAGUGUCAAACCCAGAACAAAGUUGUCAAAAUUAAAGAUUUCUCUCAGUCAGAAUAAGAAGGGGAGGAGGAACUCAAAGGGCGGUGAUUCUCAUUGUGGCGAUGAGAGAACAGAAGAUAUGUCCCGCCCUCUUUCACCCGAUCCCGGAAGUGAACACAGUGUCGAACUAAAUCUUCUGCAAAUUCAGUCGGAAAACAAUGAAUCGGACACGGAAUUUCCGAAUACGGAUGUAGUUCGUGAUGGAUCUGAUCUUCCUCACACUGAACCCGAACCUUCAAACACGGGGUUACUUCGAUCAGAUAAUAAGACAUAUUCUGUUGAAUCAACUCGGAAUUUGCUCAGUGAAGGCGAGUCACGGCUUGAUACCAGCCGAGAAUCAUCGAACGAUGUUAUAAUGGUGACCAUAUCAAAGAAGUAAAUCUUAAGUUUGACACAAUCACUUUUCAGAACAAUGCAUGGCUAUUCCUUGAGGUUUUUUAUUUGAGGAUUACACUAUCAUCACCAUCACGGAGCUACUUGCAAGCGAAGUUCCCGUAUAUAUAAGAACAUUCUGUUCAAAAGCGAGUCAUUGGACAUUAAGUGCAAACUGUAGGCUCGGGUGAAAAUUGAGGUUCUUCUCGAAUGUCACUCAACAUUCCACUGAACGGAAAUGCAACCGUGGAUUACAUACAUGUAACGCAGCAUCUACCGUCGUUGUGCGCCGUAUAUCCAUCCUUCCGUCUUACCACGUGUUGCUUCGGGUUAUCACGUCAGCACAUAUGCCGAUCUACAUGUAUCAGCGCCGAGUGUCGGUGUCCCUCCUUCUGACAUGUAAUUAAGUCGAAAUAUCGACAUGGUCUUUGGUAGAUUCUGUGUGCCCUUGCUUUAUCAAGAAAUACCAAGUAUUAACAAUCGCUGAUAUACCGGUAAAGUGUCGGAGAGUCCAGCUAGAAACGUCAACGAUUGUAGUCGUGCUAUCAUGAUUUAAUGGUCUGCUUUUAUUUAGCAUUGUAUUUACCAUCACGCAUUAAACCAUCUCAUGCUGUGUGCUAUUACAUGUACUUAUGCGCCGUUUAAUCAAAGCGAAAAUGUUUUUCACAAUAUUUGUACAGUACGUUUUCGAUAUUUGUAAAUGACGGGACUUACUCAAUCACUUGUAAUUGAACGUAAGAAGCAA